GUGGGGAGGGCGGGAGGAGGAGGUCUGGGAGUCCGUUUUAAGUUCCUCCUUCCAUUUCUUUUGCUUCUGGGAUGGGGUGUUCUUGCGUAUGAUUAUGCUUUACGGAGGAACGGCGUUAUGAGAGUGUUUCUCCUUACCUACUACUGCAUGGCCGGCGGAGAAAGUCGGGGUUCAUGGCGUUUAUGAAGGCAUAUGUCUGGUGGCAUCCGCAUGCAGCAGACGUUUGUAUUAAAGGAGGAGGAUGGAUGAAUAUCCUUGGAGAGUUGCUACCAGUGACUUCUCACAGUCAGUACGCAACGUGGUGGCACUGGCUUCAUUUACUUAUUGUGCCGCGAGACAUUUCUUUCUUUGCAUACUUGGUAUCUUUUCUUCUUUUUCUUUUGGACUUUUGUUGUCUUUGGGACGGACCUCUUUAUUUCGCUCUACUCUCUGUACAAUCAACCGUACCAUGGUGAAACAGUACAUGGCGACUGAUUGGUAUCUUUCUCUCCUCUUUUUUUCUCCCUCACGGGUUUUGGUCAUGUACUUGCCACAUGGAACGGCGUCAAUAGCGAAACUCACCUCACAGCAUAUCUAAUUUCUUUCUUCUAGCCUACUUAGAUUCUCAUAUCACGCAGAUAUUUUAUUUACUCAGACACAUUUGAGCUUGCAAUACUCGUCUCUAGCGCA